AUGGCCGGCCUCGGCUGGGGGGCCCCCCGACGCGUUGCUGCCUGGGGCUCCCGGGGGCCCCCUGGGUGCUGCCUGUGGGGCCCCAGACCAGCAGCAGCAGCAGCAGCAACAGCAGCAGCAGCAGCAGCAAGAGGGACCAGCAGCACUCCCCGGCCCUUUUGUUCCUUCACUCAGGCUCAAGAUGGAAGUCUGAGAAUUCCCAGGCGGCAGCAGCAGCAGCAGCAGCAGCAAACUCGCCCCGGCUCCCGUCGUCUUCAGCAGCAAACCCGGCAGCUGCUGCCCCCGAAAGCGCAGCAGCGCCACCCUCUCCCCCGGCAGCAGCAGCAGCAGCAGCAGGAACAGCAGCAGCAGCAGCAGCGGCAGGAGAAGAAGCAGCAGCAGCAGCAGCAGGAGAAGAAGCAGCAGCAGCAGCAGUUUCUCCAUACUUAA